GGUGCGAGGAGGUCGAGGAGGCACGUUGGCACCCGACCCUGGCAUCCUGCACCCCCAGGAUGCUCCCCUGUGCCUCCUGCCUACCCGGGUCUCUACUGCUCUGGGCGCUGCUGCUGUUGCUCUUGGGAUCAGCUUCUCCUCAGGAUUCCGAAGAGCCCGACAGCUACACGGAAUGCACAGAUGGCUAUGAGUGGGACCCAGACAGCCAGCACUGCCGGGAUGUCAACGAGUGUCUGACCAUCCCUGAGGCCUGCAAGGGAGAAAUGAAGUGCAUCAAUCACUACGGGGGCUACUUGUGCCUGCCCCGCUCCGCUGCCGUCAUCAACGACCUACAUGGCGAGGGACCCCCGCCACCAGUGCCUCCCGCUCAACACCCCAACCCCUGCCCACCAGGCUAUGAGCCCGACGAUCAGGAGAGCUGUGUGGAUGUGGACGAGUGUGCCCAGGCCCUGCACGACUGUCGCCCCAGCCAGGACUGCCAUAACUUGCCUGGCUCCUAUCAGUGCACCUGUCCUGAUGGUUACCGCAAGAUUGGGCCCGAGUGUGUGGACAUAGACGAGUGCCGCUACCGCUACUGCCAGCAUCGCUGCGUGAACCUGCCUGGCUCCUUCCGUUGCCAGUGCGAGCCAGGCUUCCAGCUGGGGCCUAACAACCGCUCCUGUGUGGAUGUGAACGAGUGUGAUAUGGGGGCCCCAUGCGAGCAGCGCUGCUUCAACUCCUAUGGGACUUUCCUGUGUCGCUGCCACCAGGGCUAUGAGCUGCACCGGGAUGGCUUCUCCUGCAGUGAUAUUGAUGAGUGUAGCUACUCCAGCUACCUCUGCCAGUACCGCUGCGUCAACGAGCCAGGCCGUUUCUCCUGCCACUGCCCACAGGGGUACCAGCUGCUGGCCACACGCCUCUGCCAAGACAUUGACGAGUGUGAGUCUGGUGCGCACCAGUGCUCUGAGGCCCAAACCUGUGUCAACUUCCAUGGGGGCUACCGCUGCGUGGACACCAACCGCUGUGUGGAGCCCUACGUCCAGGUCUCUGACAACCGCUGCCUCUGCCCAGCCUCCAACCCUCUGUGUCGAGAGCAGCCUUCAUCCAUUGUGCACCGGUACAUGACCAUCACCUCGGAGCGGAGCGUGCCCGCUGACGUGUUCCAGAUCCAGGCGACAUCUGUCUACCCUGGUGCCUACAAUGCCUUUCAGAUCCGUGCCGGAAACUCGCAGGGGGACUUCUACAUUAGGGCCUCCGGUGUGGCUGUCUCUGAUGGUGUCAUCAAGGUGUUCAACGACAUGAAGGUGCGUAAGUCUUCAACACCAGAGGAGGUGAAGAAGCGCAAGAAGGCGGUGCUCUUCUGCCUGAGUGAGGACAAGAAGAACAUCAUCCUGGAGGAGGGCAAGGAGAUCUUGGUGGGCGACGUGGGCCAGACUGUCGACGACCCCUAUGCCACCUUUGUCAAGAUGCUGCCAGACAAGGACUGCCGCUACGCCCUCUAUGACGCAACCUAUGAGACCAAGGAGAGCAAGAAGGAGGACCUGGUGUUUAUCUUCUGGGCCCCUGAGUGUGCGCCCCUUAAGAGCAAAAUGAUCUAUGCCAGUUCCAAGGAUGCCAUCAAGAAGAAGCUGACAGGGAUCAAGCAUGAAUUGCAAGCAAACUGCUACGAGGAAGUCAAGGACCGCUGCACCCUGGCAGAGAAGUUGGGGGGCAGUGCUGUCAUCUCCCUGGAGGGCAAGCCUUUGUGAGCCCCUUCUGGCCCCCUGCCUGGAGCAUCUGGCAGCCCCACACCUGCCCUCGGGGGUUGCAGGCUGCCCCCUUCCUGCCAGACCGGAGGGGCUGGGGGGAUCCCAGCAGGGGGAGGGCAAUCCCUUCUCCCCAGUUGCCAAACAGACCCCCCACCCCCUGGAUUUUCCUUCUCCCUCCAUCCCUGACGGUUCUGGCUUUCCCAAACUGCUUUUGAUCUUCUGAUUCCUCUUGGGUUGAAGCAGACCAAGUUCCCCCCAGGUACCCCAGUUGUGGGGGAGCCUGUAUUUUUUUUAACAACAUCCCCAUUCCCCACCUGGUCCUCCCCCUUCCCAUGCUGCCAACUUCUAACCGCAAUAGUGACUCUGUGCUUGUCUGUUUAGUUCUGUGUAUAAAUGGAAUGUUGUGGAGAUGACCCCUCCCUGUGCCGGCUGGUUCCUCUCCCUUUUCCCCUGGUCACUGCUACUCAUGGAAGCAGGACCAGUAAGGGACCUUGGAUUAAAAAAGACAAUAAUAAAAAGGCUCAUUAA